CAUUGUUUUUCUGAAACUGUGUCAUUUUAUCUAACUUACAAUAUCUCCCGACCCAAUUAGUUGAGUUGAGUAUAGUCCGUAACUUAUCAAAUGAUAAACUAUUUUAGUUCUUUAUUUCGUGCCAAAAACAAUAAAAAACAAAAUUAUUUUCCGGUAAAUUGUAGUGGUCCGAUUAAAGGCUCUAAUCUUCUUGCAAUAUAAAGAAAAUGAUUUAUUUAAAAUGGAUAAAUUGUGUAACCCAGUUGAGUGAAUCGUCGAAGCGAAGGAUCUAAAUUAUAUCUUAUUCAUUUGAUGUAAUCUAAUGACCUGAACUUAAGCUCCUUCACUAAACUAAGUUUGGAACAUUUGUGUCUUUGUAUGUAACAUUGUAUUAAUCAUCCGCAAUCUGUAGUUAUAACUUAUAAUCACUUUGUUAAAUCGUAGAUAUAUUGAUGGUUUGAAUGAAAAUGGUUUAUGCCUUUAUGGUCUGAUGAGACGGGAUUCAAAUAUUCCUUGGAUGAAUUUUUAAGAUUGUUGGAUUUAGCUUUGGAUCCAUAUAUAUUUUUUUUCCUAAGAUUAAGCCCGUUUAGAAAACAUUCACAACCCAAGACCAAACCCAAUCGAUUCUCGAUCUACCAAACGUAUCAGACCCAAAGAAAAUAAAAGGCCGACACCCGCAAAUUCGUAGGAAUUCGCAUUUUCCCUCGAAAUCAUCUUCGUUGUAUAAAAUUUUCUCAAAAUUCAUUGUUUGUUUUCGGUUGAUUUCGUCGAAUUGAAAUCUUCCACAAUCCAGUUUCGCUGCUAAUAAUGAAUCCAACACCUCCGGGCACCUUCACCCCGGCGAUGAUGACGCCUCCUCCGCCGUGGGCGCCGCUGGUGCCGCCUUUACCACCGCCGUCUAGUGCCUUUUGGAAUACCAGCAACAUCCGCGAGUCCCUCAAGAACUUGUACGACACUUUCAACCUCGCAAAAGCACUGGAGAAGGAGCUGGAGAUGUUAACGAUGGUGAAAAAUGGGGAAGGUAGUGCUGAAUCGGACUGUUCAGUUGAUAAGUUCAAGGGUUGGAUGAUGGAGAAUAGGAUAGAUUUAGAAUCACAUGAAUUGCUGGCAGUGGACGCUGCGAAUGCUAUUAUGUCCAAAUUGAGAGUUCAGCUUGAACCGUUUAGGAUUGCAGCUGAUGAGAAUUCUCCGUGGGAGGAGAAAUCUGCGGUGGCGAAAAUGAGUAAUAAGUUACACAAGUACAAGAGGAACAAACUUUGGAGGAAAAGAAAAAGGAAGCAAAUUGCAGAGAAACUAGCUAAGGAGCGAGACCAAUUCGACCAAAGGAACAAAGAAGCUGAUGAGUGGAGGGCUAAUGAGAUAGCCAAAGAAAUUGCCAAAGGAAAGGUAGAAAAGAUGAAGCAAAUCGCAAAACUUAAGGCCAGAGAGGACAAGAAAAAGUUAGAAUCUGAUCUUGAGGUGAUGCUAAUUGUGGAAAAGCUGCAAGAACUGCGAUCGAUCAGGAUUGAAAAAUUGAAGAAACAAGGUCGCUUUCUUCCUGAGGAGGAUGACAAGUUUCUUGAAAGAGUUAAAGCUGCUGUUGAGGAAGAGGAACGUUUGGCUGUGGCAGCAGCUGAUACAGAUGCUGCCAAGGAUGCUAUUGCAACUGCAGAGGAAACUAGGACUUCUACCCAAAUUCAUGGAAAUGAAUCAGGAGAAUCCCACCCAGUUGAAACUUCCAAAUCAGUAAGGGAAAAUGAAGGUAGAGAAGGUCCAUCUGCAGUGAAUGACAAUGACUCAAGACAAGAAGGGGCAGUAGGACAGAGUUCAAGCAGAGAAUAUGAUUAUAAUGCAAACUUGCCAAUGGAAUUUUAUCACUAUUAUUAUGGUGGGCAAACAGAUAUGGGCACACUCAUAGAAGUUCGAAGAACAUGGGAUACAUACAUUAGACCUGGGGGAAGCCGAAUUCCAGGCCACUGGGUUCAACCACCACCUCCUUCAAAUGAGAUUUGGGCAUCCUAUCUUGUGAAACCUAAAUGACCUAUCAACAAGUUAGAAGGCUCCCCAUAUUGACCCCAUCGCAGCUCGAAAGCAGCCUCUAAGGUUUGAGCUUCAAGAACUUCAGAAAGCAAAUUCAGGUCCCAAUGAAUGCUUUGGUGGAAAAGAAGUGCUACAAAGUACAUUCUAAUAUUUGACAACAUUGGUUGAUCGAGAAAAGCUGUAUCCUUGAAAAACAUGAUUUUGCGCUAGAAACUUGCAUUGACGCGUUUACAUGAUUCAGUAUUUGAUUGAACUGCUCAUGGUUUAAUUUUUAUCCAGUUUUAGGGUCAGCUAGUUUCUGCUCCCUUUGGGGCGAUUGUUGGAGAUAAAUCAUGGAACCAUAAAGGUUACAUGACAGGCCCCUUGCCAAAUGAUAUCUUUGUUGGACUACAUUCUGGAUCACAUGUAGGCAUCAAUUAAGUUGGAUUCUAAUUUUCUGCUUCUUUUCUUUUAAUCCAUUUAGAGACUUAUGGAGUAUGAGAUAGUCCUAUGUUUACCGAGGACAGAGAAUUUUUGUCAGGUGUGGAAUCAUCCUCUAUUUUGAUAAUUGGUAUAAAGUAGUUCAUAAUCAUUGGGGGUGUGGGAUCAUCCUCUAUUUUGAUAAUUGGUAUAAACAAGUUCAAAAUCACUGGGGAGAUGUUGCUAACCAUGUGUAAUUGAUGUAUAUGGUUUGUAGGGCCAACUUGGCUCGUGUAACACUCUUGAUCCUGAGAAACCGUUGAGGACGAAUCCAGGUCCCUGGAAUCAGCUGGAUGAAAGAAAGCAUUGGUUAAGCAGAAAUGCAGCAAUCUUUGUCAUGAAUGCUGGAAACGGAAAUCUAGCUUUAUGGUAUUCGACAUCCUUGAAGGCUGAGUAUGAUUGGUUGGAUACAGAAAUUAAAGCUUUAUGAUGGUAUACGUUGUUGUUAAUGCUUGAAUUAACAAAGGGCGGAGAGUCAUCCCAAUCUUUGUCAUGAAUGCUGACAAUUACUUUGAACUGUACUAGUUUUUUUUUUGGUUCCCAAAUUGCUUUUUGAUUGAGGAAGGAAUUGGCUAUCCGGUUUUAUUAGUUUCUUGAUGUGUUUCAAUAGCUGUAAUUGGAUAAACUUUGUGGGGUUUAAAUAAAUAAUCCAUCAUUCCAAUUUUUAAUUCUUAGUUUCUUACACUUUAUUUGUAAUUUACCAGAAAAUGUUCACAUCUUUAGUUUCAAAGUCCAAUUUGCUUUCACAAUUUGUUCACUUCGAGACUCUUCCCAACUUUUCUUAAUUGCAAAAAAAUACAAACCAUUAUCUUAAAUUCUUAAUUAUAGAAUGAAAAUCAGUAAACCCAGAUAGAAAUGGAGAGACGCGGCAUAACUUUACCAAGACAUGGUUGAGAAAUUAUUGAAUGUAGCCGAGGGUUCCGGACGCACCAAAACGAAGAAAAACUUGGAGCAUCCUACGAUUCGGCAAACAUUUGCGAAGGUUGAAUCGAAAUUGUUAGAGGGACCUCAAUUUGCAAGAGUGCUUUGUCCCUCUGCUGGGACCUUCGCUUUAAGCAACAAUUUUUUUUUACCAAAACAAAGAUGAUUUCUGCGAAUCAUAAUGCCUAGUUGGAAAAAAGAUAUGUUCGAAUUUCUGUAAAAAAAUAUAUAAAAGAACACAAACGAAAUCGGAUUGAAUCCGACCGGUGAUCUGUAAAUUCGAAGAAACUGAUUUCCGAAGGCAAACUUGGCCGAAAAUGCAUUGAUUUUAACAGCAUCUCGUCCAUAGGACCCCCGUUUUCAUUCUUUUCAAAAAUUCCAAUCGAACAAAAGGCUAAAAAACCACUUCAAGGCGAAAUCAAGAGCAAAGAGAGAAGCUCAGAGAAUACGAACCAAUUGAAAAAAAGGGGUUCACACCGCGAAACCACUCGCGAAUAACCUAAUUGAAUAAUAUUCUUCAUAGCUACUCUCUUCCCAUAUUAAAACGUAAUCAUCAAAAGAAGCAAUAAACAGAAGAGGAACAAAACAUGGAGGAGAUUCAGAUGAACCUGUAUUAAACCCUAGAUUUGGAGACGCAGCUUGAGCUCGCCGUGUG